UAAUAUUCUGAUACAGCACAUACAAUAGCAAACGUCUGGGGCAGUGGAGACAGGCUCCUACAGUAGGUUUUAAAACACAAUAUCCAUGCUGAACAGAACAUUCUCUCUCUUUCUCUCAGGGGGUUUCCUGCAACAGUGUUCUGAUUCUCUCUCACUAUUUCUUUAUCUCUUACACAUGCGCGCACACACACCUACAGUACACACACACACGUAUGCAUGCGCACACACACACACUUCUCACAGAUUUACACUCGUAACACCCCAAAAAUAUGCCGCCUCUCCCAUAACACUGCACAGGUUGUCUACUAGGGGGACACGGAAGGUGAGGAGACACACACCACUCUCAAACACAACAUCACACUGUCACGAUGCAGAGGCAAUUAAUGUAUGAGAACUGGAGCAUCAUGGGAAAUAAGCCCACGUUCACACAAGUAAUCAUUCAGCAUGCUGGACACACAUUUAACUUGUUCCUAAAUCUUUACUGUACAGCAGAAAACAUUUACUAUUACAAAUAGUACAGUCCCAAACUGACAUAUUCAAUAAGCCAAACGGAUAAAAAAAAUUGUAAUCAAGAAAAACUUAAAUACAAAAAAUUUACGCAAUUGUUCAGUAAAAAAAGAAAAAUCUGGCGUUGGUCACAGUGUUUUGUUUCAUCCAAAGGUUUGCAUUUUCAACAUCAUACAAUAAAUCAAAUGCAACUUGUACACGACAAAGAAAGUGAAUCUGUCUGCCUGUAUUAGGCUUCUCAUACUCUGAAUCAGGUCUUUUACUCCUUCAAUUACUAUUGGUGAUGUCUGUUGGCCUUCAACUCCUGGGUCGUGUUCAUUAGGCACCAAACAGAAGAAAAAUGGACUGAAACGGGGAAGAAAUGCUCAUUCACAUUUUCCGUUGCAAAUUGCUACAGAAAACAAAAAUAAUGACUGAUCAAUUAUUCUGAACUUUCCUCUGCAACAUUUGCCUCACUUUCCGUAUGAGACUAGUUUCUGAUAUCUGUGGUUUUCCUGUGAACACGCUCCACAUCUACUUCUCUAUUCAAACAACCCUCUCUGACACAGUCACCAUCUUCUGUGAAGUCAGACUAACAGUCUGUAGAUGUGUGAUAAAUGGCGUUGUUCAUCCCUGAUAUGGCUGGUCAUCUGUUUCUGGUCAUCCUCCUUUUCGACACCUUCCAAUAUAUCGAAGCCCAAGGUCAUUACCUUCCUCCUCCCAGUCUGACAGUGCGGCCUGCAGUCAUCAAAGAGAGAGACUCAGUUCAGCUGAGUUGUGAGACUCCAUCUUUACGUGUGUCUCACUGUUACUUCAACAUAAAAGGGAGGAAGAAUCUUCCAGACUCAUCCUGUACUCAGACACUCACAGGAACAGAGCUGCUCAAGAGGGCAGAUCAAACGUUUCCAGAUGUGGUCAAAGUGAAGUGUUACUAUGAUGUAGCGAGGUCUCGCACAUCUCCUUUAAGUAAACCUGUCUCAGUCACUGUUCAGGAAAGCGAAACAGCUGUGCAAUAUUGGCAGGGAGCAGUGAGUGUGGCUUCUGGAGUGGCCGUGUUCCUGAUGGGAUUGACAGCUGUCUAUCUCUGCAGGAGGACCAGGAAAACCAAUUCUCAGAGACCUACAGCCAGACAGGAUGAUCACAGACAAUGUGAUUUGGUGAUGGGAGCAGUGAGCUGUGCAUGCAUGUUGGAUUCAAGGGAUGCUGGGAUCAAUUCUCCCAUCACCACUGUACCGUCCACAUUCUUGCCCUCAGGCCCUGUUGAAGAAAAUGGAAUGUCACCCGAAAACGACAAUUCUGAUACGUACCACGUAUACAGCUCAAUCCCUGACAGACCAGCAACCUCAGCCCAGCCGGAUGGGUUGUACAGUCUGCAGACACACUGACACUACACCACUGGCUUUGUGUAGCUAUGUCUCAAACAUCUCACACAAAUACCCUCUUUCUCACAUGAUGUCCUUUAUUAUCACUCAUCAAGUUACUGUAAAUAAGUCUCUUAGCAGGUAAUAUAUAUUUUACAUAUGGACACCUGGCUUAUGUUACAUGCCUGUCCAUAAUAUCUGUUACUGUGUUAGUAUUUUAUUUUGGAGUAUUGGAGGAGUUUGGAGCAUAAUUUUAUAUUUUCCUCCUAGUAAAUGCUGUAUUUAUGUAUAUUCUGUGUGAUUCCUCCUUCUAAUAUUUCUUAAAUAAAAUGUGUUCGGAGUCAAAAUCGAUAAAUACAGACAAUUUAAAAUCACACUAUCAUCAGUUAAUCUAUUGCAUUAUGAGGCUAUAUAGUGUUUGUUUACAUUUAAUUUGUAAAUGUAAAACAAGCUGAUAUUUUGGGGGUUUUGAUUGGGAACGACACUUUAACUAAGCUGCUGAGGUCAUGAGGCAUUUAGAAGUUAUAUUCUUGAUGAAUCAAUGGGUAGAUAUAAUUAAUUUAUUGGCCCAUAAAUGGGCCAAGGUUUGCUAUGUCUGUCAGGAGGAGAUCUGUCUGGGAGGAGAUCCCUCAGGAGACCAUCAGCCGCCUCAUCAGGAGCAUGCCCAGGCAUUGUAGGGAGGUCAUACAGGCACGUGGAGGCCACACACACUACUGAGCCUCAUUUUGACUUGUUUUAAGGACAUUACAUCAAAGUUGGAUCAGCCUGUAGUGUGGUUUUCUACUUUAAUUUUGAGUGUGACUCCAAAUCCAGACCUCCAUGGGUUGAUACAUUUGAUUUCCAUUGAUCAUUUUUGUGUGAUUUUGUUGUCAGCACAUUCAACUAUGUAAAAAAAAGUAUUUAAUAAGAAUAUUUCAUUCAUUCAGAUCUAGGAUGUGUCAUUUUAGUGUUCCCUUUAUUUUGUUGAGCAGUGUAUAAAAUAAUUUCACCUGAUUGAGCUAAUUAUGUAAAUGUAAUUAAACUAGAGAUUCGGGCACCACAAAAGAAUAUUUAUAGAGCUGUUAUCUUCCAAAUAAACUCUUAAAAACGUAGUAAUAUUUUA